AAUCUAGCCAACUGAUGCUCGGGGCUUAAAAAAAAAAAAAGACCCAGGCUUCCCGUUCAAUAGAGACUCGUGGGGUGGGAAAUCGGAAUAUUGCGGUGCCAAUGGACAGGUUUUUGGAGACCAGCGUUCCAGUGAGGAUACAGCGGAGACAAUAGCAAUAGACCCUAACAAUCAGCCGAAGUCUCCCCUGGAAAAGUUUAUGGUCCGACUGUGUACACAUCACCAGAAGCAAUUCAUUCGUGUGCUAAACGACAUAUACACGGAAGUACAGCCAGACUGCGAGGGCCGGCCGUUACCUGAAUCCGAAAACAUGGAUGCAGCUACAUGCAGCUCUGGUUGUAGCCAGCAAAGCACUGAAAAUUGGAAGAAGUCUGCUCCCUGUUCUGAACUGAAGCCUCUUACUUCCUCAGACUCGGACAGAGACCCAGUGGGUCUUCAUAGCCCUCUGCGUGCCGCAGGGCAACCCUUGGAGCAGCACACAGAGGUGAAAUCCAUGGACAGAACGGAGAAUUUCAGUACUGCUUUCAAAAGAGACUUCUCUGAACUCUCCGCACCUAGAACUAGUUCUGUUAGUCCGAAGGAUAGUUCCACCCAAGGAUACCUCACCACUUCGAACUCUUCCUCACUGCACUUCCACCCUGGCACCAGGAGCCCGGAAGGACAAACCACUGGACAGGAGCAAGAGGCUGGUGUCAGAAAGUGUGAGGAUGACAAAGACCAGAUCCAAGGCAAGAGCUUAGCAGACAGCUACAUUGCUGUAAAAGUGGCCCAUGUGAACGGCAGUGAGGACAGCUCAGAGAGCUGCCUGGGAUCUCAGAAGAACUCUUUCAAAGCUUUACCAGAAGAGGGUUGGGAUUCAGGGUUUCCAGUGAACUCUCCUAGAAGAGCUGACAAAGAGAACGCUUUACAGUGCAGCUCCAAAGCAUCUUUGCACCAGGAUUUAGAAACAAACGAAGAAGAUGCAAGACCAAAGCAAGAAAACCAUCUCCAUACCCUGGGAAAGACUAAGGGGGGCUUCCACACACACCCUGGCGAGAAGAAUCCAUGUGAGCGUUCCAAAGACGGGUGGAUGGCCCCUGCACCAGUGCCAGUGAUUCACAAAGCCUCCAGUGGGCGCUCAAGAGCUAAAACAGGGUCCUCGUCCGUCAAAACAGCUCGGAAGAACAAAAGGGCGUCGGGACUGAGAAUAAAUGACUAUGACAACCAAUGUGACGUUGUCUAUAUCAGCCAGCCAAUAACUGAAUGCCACCUGGAGAGCCAGCGGUCAGUGUCGUCCCGGAGGACAGCUCGGAAGAGCACCCGCGGGUAUUAUUUCAAUGGUGAGUGCUGCGAGCUGCCAACUGUCCGCACGCUGGUGAGAAGCUCCCGAGUGGAAGAGAGAGGAAAUGGUCCAGCCCUGAGGACGGAAGCAUUAGUGAGCUCUAAGCAGAGCCCGGCGCUCUCUGGAGGUGAGCCUUCGGAGGCAGCCCAAGAGGCUGACAAAAGAGCUUCCCUCAAGCUCCUGUCCAAAGGGGCUCCCCCCAGCAGAGAAGCUAACGAGAGAGCAGAGAAGGAGCCCAGCGAGGGCGGCUCACUGAAGUCAAGAGAAGCUGCUUACACUCAGCCACUGCUGGUUCUGUCUGCUCCCUCCUGCCCUGACACUGCUCUAGCCGUCGGCCCCUCUGCUGCUGAAGGAAGUGGGGAGAGGAUGUGCCAGCCGCUGGAAGACGUGGAGGCUAAUGUUCUCCAGCAAGCUAACAGCGGUGCUGACCUCUCUGGGGGCUGUGGGCCCACAGAAGACAGCAGCAGGGAGGCUGCAGAUUUGACAUCUCUUUCUCCGCCAGAAGCUGCUAGUAGGGAGGAAGCUUCUCCAUGCUCAGAAAUACAAGCUAUUCCGGCGCCUCCUGCCAGCCUGGACCCCACUCCUCCUUUGCAGCUUCCUACCACCGUGGACCUAGUGCUUCCUACCGGUGCAGACUUGGUGCACCAUGCAGAGCCUCCUUCCAGCAUGGACCCUGAGCCUCCUGCUGGACUAGACCUGGAGCUGGCUGGGGCACUUCCUGGAGAGCCCCCAACUAGUACAGACCUGGAGCUUCCUGCCACGCCCCCUGCCAGCAUGGACCUGGAUCCUCCCAUGCAGCCCCCUGCUAGUUUGGAGGCCGAGCCCCCUGCUAGUUUGGAGGCCGAGCCCCCUGCUAGUUUGGAGGCCGACCCCCCUGCUAGCUUGCAGCCUGCUGAUGUGACCAAAAGCAUUCCUGCUGACCCAGAAGCUGACGUCAGGGAGAUGCAGGAAGGCCCACCUGAGCCAGGGGAGACCAUGCCGACUAUUGCAGAGCUCAGUGGAAUCUUGGCAGGCGAGACUGCGCCAGAUAGCAGCAGGCUGUGUGAGAGAGAGAAUGGCAAUGGCGAAAUGCCACCAGGACCUGACACUUCAGAAACGGAUGGCAAGGGGACCGUCUUGUCCAAAGAAAACCCAGAGAAGAAGCAAAAGAAAGGCAGGAGAGUGCAUGUAGCAUCAGACCGGCGUCUCCGCAGCCAGCAAUUCCAGCCACCCACAGAAGGCAGAGCUGAAAAGUCCGGUUCUUCCACCUCUCUGCAGCUUCCUUGUCUUCAGAUUAAGCUUUCUAAAAGUCCCGGUGCAAAGCGUUUUAGGAGGGAGGUGCACCUUGAUGGAGCAGCAUCCGUGUGCUUCCCAAAGGAUUGCUUCCACAAAACACUGCUGAAGAACAUCCAGGGCCCAGGCACUGGGAGUGUCCUGGAGAGAGAGCCCAUGCAGCAGGGAGGAGACGAAAAUGGCAUUACUACUAGGCAAACUUACAAAAUCAUGUUGGCAAAAGAUGGUGCAGCAGAGAGAGAAGGGUCAUCGAAAGAUGCCCCCCCUGCUAACGCCAGCCAUAGUAAGUCAGGGGAGAUGCUUGAGAUCUGUGUAGAGGCUAAUUCUGAUAAGAGAAGUGUUCUCCUUCCUAGGGAAAGUGGAACAGGUGUACAGGAUGGAGAGCAAUCGGAUGAGAAACCAGGUGAUGUGGAGAACCCAGACAAUGCUGUAGAUGCUGGAAAGGUACAGUAUAAAGAUCCGACUGAUUCGCCUACAGGUCCCAGCAGUAAAAGUGGAAGCAAACACAUCCCAUCAAAGACUUGGAAGCAUAAAAAGUUGGCCCACCCAGUUUACAACUUGAGACACACCCCUACCCCUGUGGACACUGCAAAAAAGAAUAUUCCAGGAAUGGAAGUUUUGCAAGCAAAUCAAAACCAGAAGGAAGAACGCAGUUCAGGGAACAAAGACCCCAUAGGUGUGAAGGAGGUGGACACAGUGGCUGAGGACAAACCAAAGUUUGUGGAGUGGUGUGCUGAGGAAGAGAAUCAGGAACUUAUUGCUGACUUUAAUGCCCAGUAUGUGAAAGUUCAGAAAGGAUGGAUUCAGCUGGAAAAAGAAGCACAGCCAGCCCCCAAAGCAAAGAACAAAGCUGACAAGCUGAAAGAGAUUUGGAAAAGCAAGAAAAGAACCCGGAAAUGUAGAGCGGCUCUUGAAGUUCAAAAGCUUUCCCCUGUCCAGAUGCUGUUUAUGAAAGCCUUCAAGUUGUCCAACAUUUGCCGGUGGUUCUUGGAGACAACUGAAACCAGGUCACUAGUCAUUGUGAAGAAACUCAAUACCCGUCUCCCAGGAGACGUUCCCCCCAUCAAGAUCCCCCUGCAGAAGUAUUGCUCUUCCAGCCUGUAUCCCAGCUCGCUGCAAGCUGAACGCUUAAAAAAACACCUCAAGAAAUUUGCUGCAACUACCCCCGCUAAAAAUAACUUGAAGAAUCAAAAGUUAUGGGCCAGGCUUCGGGAGAACGCUGACAGUACGGAGCCCGGGGAAGCUGCCAGUCCCAACCAGAUGCCUGCUUGUGAGGCUAGCUCAGAAGAAGCUGGUGAAGACAGAAACAUGCAGCCCCCUCCAAGUCUGCCAACGCAGGCCAGCACUAGGAUCCUGCGGAAAUACUCCAAUCUGAGGGGCAAACUGCGAGCCCAGCACCGCCUGGCAAAGAAUGAGAGAAAGGGAGACAGUGCAGCUGAUCAUCCUUCAGUGGAAAGUAAGCAAAGCCGGAAGAGUGUCUGCAUCAACCCACUGAUGUCUCCAAAGCUGGCCUUGCAAGUCAAAGCAGAUGUGUUUCCUGCUAAGUCCAUGCGAGCGGAAGCAGCAGUGAAGGGAAGAAAAGGGAAAAGCAGGUCCCAGGAGGACUCCUUGCCCAAAGCUGACCCUCAGCCAGGCAGAAAGAAGAGAACGCUGCGGGAGAAGAGCACUGUACCAGAGCUGUCUCGCCCCUCCAGUAAAGACCGCCUUCCAGCCACAAAGGGCAGCAAAGUAAAACAUUCCGAGGUUCCCCCGAAAGCUCCUGCUAUCAGAAAGCAGGCUGCCAUGGAAAGAAGCAAUAAGCUCGAGAAAAAGGUAUCUUCGAAAGAGAAGAGAGUCCCAAAAAGGCAGCUUGGCAAAGGCAGGCUCCCCAUCCCGAAAGUCAAAGAGAACCCCGUCAAAAGAGCUGCAGCCCCGCCCAGCCAGGAAGGGCUCACAAAAUCUGCAAAGCUGAAACCGAGGGGGGAGCCCUCUACCAGGGCACAGAAAGCAGCCGAUCAGAAGCCCAGCGGUGGGAAAACUCUGACAAGGUCUAUGAAGAAAAUUCAAGAGAGCAGCACGUCCCAGGGCAAGAGAAAGUUAAGGGCAAAAGUUGACUGUGCACACAGCAAGCGAACACGACUGGAUGCAGAAUAACCAAGAGAAUGGCAGCCAUGUAAACCUGUUGUACAGUAGUAACCCUUGAUCAUGCAUUAACUAAAGCUGCUUUUAUAAGCUGUAGCAAGCCUUUAAAAAUCCACAGCUAAAGGAUUACACCCGUGAUUUUAGGCGUCAGAAGGUGUGUCUCAGACAGAGAGGAGAGCUGUCUGUCUCCACUGUUGAGGAGGGAAGUUCCUGCAAUUCGAAUGUUCCUUGGGUUUUAAGCUUGGAACCAGGCAGUUUUAGUUAAAAGUACAGUGCCUUAUUUAUCAUUUUUAAACAAAUAAAUAAAAAAGCUAGUCUGUGUGAUUUGAAGGCUUGCAUUUUAUACUUGAUGCACAAGCACUUGUACUGUAGCAGAAAGGAAACCACCUUCAUGCACAUAAAGUAGCUUUCAGCAGCCUUUUGAGGGGCGUGCACACAAACCCUUCCCUUUGCAUUAAACAUCCUGACUGUUUGUUUGUGAGUGACAUUGGAAGCAAAACCAAAAGCAUUUUUCUUCUAGCCAGAGAGGGAAGGGGUAAUUGGUCAUUACUUCGUUCUUAGCAGCAGGUGGUGGGCUAGACAGUUGGUAACUAUUUCAAGAUAUGAAUUGUUGGCCACUUGUGUAUAAUUUAUGGUCUUUAGGGUUAGACAGCUAUUUCUACUCUGCUGCUUCUUAAGCCUUGAGGUAGUGUGGUCUGAUCAAAACCGAUGUGGCAAAGGGGUUACUGCUUGGAAUAUUGGCGCGAGCUCUGUAGCAUCUCCCGCUGUUUGCAGGCACAGCGGGCUGAACUCAUCCUUGGGGAUCUCCAGUACAUCAGGGAUGAAUCAGUCCCACUGUAUCUGACUGUUGGGCAAAACACCCUCUCCGAUCAGCAUUUUGUUUCAUAGCACCUCUCCAUGUGGAUUUCUACUUUCUCUGACAGUAGCUUUUCACUCAUAAUCGGGUAUUUUCCUUCCUGUGAAAAGCCAGGGCAGAUUUCCACUCGUUAUUUAGUCAGUCUGUGUGAAAGGGAAAUCUUUAGCCUCCCCACAUUGUCUCCCCCACUCCCACAGAACACCUGUAUUUUAAGGAAAAAAAUUUUAAUGUUGUCUUUGAAUAAUGCUGAGAUUUAAAGUAUCCGAUUCUUUUUUUUUAUUAACUUCAAUCUCAUUUUAAAAUAAAGUGAAGCUGUUUUGGUUCCUGCCAGUGUUGUGGUGUGCUGUAGAGUCUAGGAUCGGAUAGUUCUCCUCACUGUCAGAACAGCCCGGGCAGUGUGUACACCCCGCCUUGCUCUGGCUUGCAAACAUAUCCUUGAGGGUCGAAUCAACACAAACCAUGCACUGCUUAAAGGUCAAGCAAUAGUUUCCAGUGGAGAAACACUAAGAGUAACAGCUGAUACACAGUAAAACCUAUUAGAAAUGCAAAUAAUCAUAUUCCCACAGCACACAUUGGCGGUGGAGCUAAUUGGGGUGAGGGUGGGGAGUUUUAUAUUGAAAAUUCCCCCCCCCCCCCCUUGUGUAAGCAGCUGUAAGAUGAUGGCGUCAGCUCCCACUCAGUGCCUAAGUUUAAAAGCUCAAGGCCAGCCAUUUUAUUUCAAAAGCUCCACUUCAAGCCCGUACAAAAGAAGGGCUGUUUGCACAAGUUUCUAAGCAAACUUCCUUCCAUUCACUAGGUUCAACACCUGAAAUCUGAUUGUGAAGGCUCUGAAAUCUCCUGACCUUUGGAGAAUAGCUUCCAGCCGCCAUUGUCCUAGCAAGAUCUGAAUACACGUGCAUAUCUUUGUUACACUAGGCCCUCCCCUCAGAGAGGUUUACUGCCUGCGGAGAAAAGCAUGCCUUUUGGGGUGUGCAGCCGGCCGCGUUGCGGAGGAAUUGAUUUUCACGGUUAGCGUUGAACCUCAGAUACCAAAGCUCAUUACUGGAGGCAGAAAGUGGAUAAUUAAUUGUCUUUAAUCUCUUGCUGGAUCCAUUUAGCACAGGGGAUGAAACUAAGCUGGGGACUCCACAGCAUCUUUUUCCAGUGCAGUAGUUCGCUCCCCAUGCUCUGGAGAGUGCCGUGUGCUGAGACGGGCGGGCACCCGCACCAGGGGUGCUGCAGCCACAGCCCAGGGUCAGGUGGGCUUGGAAAUCACUGACCUUUAAGGAGCUGUUAUUUUUUAAAUCAUGCUGAAUAAAGUAAAUGCUGGACAGUUAUUUUGUGGCUGCCAGCCCUGUACAGGUUAAUAUGAAGUUAUCGAUUACUUUAAUUUUACUGUGCAUAUUAAAUAUGUCAGGCAUUGCAACAGAACAGAUCUAAAGGCAUUUAAGGAGAGGGGGACUGUGCCUGCCGGUGAAGGAUUGGUCCUCAGCUGUUACAGGGGAACGCUGGCUCUCUCUCUCUUUUUUUUUUUUUUUAUUCUGAUCUAGAAUCUUCUUGUUUUCUGUAGUCUGGACUGCUUUCAUAAAGAAACACUGUGUGUGCGUGUGUGUGCGUGUGCAUGUGUGCACAUGUGUGUGUGCGUGUGCACACGCCCAUGUGCAAGGACCUCUGUUGUCUGUGUGCUAUCCAACUUCAUGCCAAUAAACCCUUUACCCUCCCUAUCAUUUUUCUCAUGAAUGCCAGAGUGUAAAGAAAAGUUGGUAGGUUCCGUGGGGUUCGAAUUUCAGAGCUUUCUGCUAGUCACGUGUAGCCGUCACAACCCGGCAGGAACCGUAGGCUCGUUUAAUGUCCAGCUUCAGGCUGGGGAGUGACAGAAAUAGGAGAACAAGAGUGAGCUGAAAUAGCGCUUCUGGGCCUUGGAGUGCUGCAGCUCGCCUGUUAGGUCUCCAAGGCUAGCUACACGUGCGUGCACCGUGGCCGUGAUGGGCGGGCUCGAGGGCAUGGUUCUAGGCCUGGCGGUUCCUGCGGUAGCUUGUCACUGGUUCAGGUCGGCUCGCUGUCUGCCCUGCCUUUGGCCUCCUGUCCCUUUCUAUGGGAGAAGGAAGCAUUUGCCCAGCAGACUCUUGAGGGCACUGCUUGACGUUGCCCAGGGGCCUGGCUACAUUACUCGUGGCAUAUCUGGAUUAGAGUCUGACUGGGGUGAGAGACUGGCCAGUGUGCCCGUCCUGCGAAUGGGGCAGCCAUGCCCACCUGCCAGUGGUGUCCAGCUAGGACACAGUCACUGGAAACAGGGGAGACUCUCGUCCCAGGCGGCUACAUAAAGAAAAGAAAAUCUUCCUGUCUCCCCUGCAGGCCCCUGCCUGUGUCCUUGCACCUCCCCUUCUCGUGUGUGUGUGUGUGUUCGUGUGUGUGUUCAGUGCUGAGAGGUUUAAAAGAAGGCAGCCCAGAACUCGGAGCACGAAGCCCUGCCGGGGUACCCAGGGCUCAGCAGUGGAAACACCGCGGGGGCAGCUGAAGGCAGCACUGCUGAGCCGUGCCUCACCGGGCGGGGCACGUUGCUGCCCCGGGCAGAGGGGUCAGAUACACACAGCUCAGCACAGGCUAGAGUACGGGUGUUUGUCACAUGGGUCCAAGCAGCUCCUAGACCUAGAGCCUGUGUCCGAAGGUGUUACGGGAAAUGUUGGUGUCCCUCAGCAGAUAUGAAGUGCUCAAAGCAGGGGUCCGAUCCAACGCCCAGAGAAGGCAGUGGAAAGACGCCCUUUGCAUUUGAUGGGAGCUGGAUUAUCGGCCGUGUGUUAAUCGGGAGUCGUACAUGUUGUGUUUAAUGCGGGAGCGUCUAGCUCCAGCCUGUAGGGACAGUGUAGGGGAAGGGAGGGGAGGGCUAGUGGACUGUGGGUGGGUGGGUGGGUGUGUACGCACGUUUGUGUCUGUAGAAAUCAGGAGAGAGGGGGCAAAAGGAAUUUCAGGUCUUUCAGCUGCAAAGCAAACCCUAUUUAUUUAUUUAUUUAUUUGAGAGUGAGACUGGGACGCGGUGGGUCAAAGCCCUGCGUAUAGUCGGUGAAACACGGAGCCAGGCAGGCUGCUGUGCCUCGAAGGUUGCCCUGAGCGGCUGGCGGGGCCCAGGACUGUUCCACGCCUUCGGAAGGGCCAGGCUGCACCGUUCCAGCAUUGAUGUAACCUUCCUGGGGCCUCUCCUAUGGCAGCUCCCGUCCCCAUGCCAGUCAGGGCCCGCAGCUGGCUUUCUCGCUGCGUUAACCCGACAGAUGCUGCCCUCAUUGGAGGGGCGUGGGGCAGACGUUACCGUUUGCCGCAGCCGCCCCACGCUGGUUCAUUUGGAAGCUUUCAGUUGUUUGGGUACCCUCAGUGCUAACUGUGUGAGUCUGAGAAUGUAAACCCUCCGGCUCAGAGCGAGCUGCUGUCCCCCCCACAACAGCUCGCAGCUAUUUACCAGCAAGCGUUCGCCCCCAGCGCCUGCUCGCUCUCCUCUGAACCUCACGCUCACUCCCAGCACAUCCGCAUCACAAGCAAGCAGCCCCGACAUGAACGCAGCCAGAGGUCUCCGCUACCAUUCCCAGACACAGCUCCCGCUCUGGCUCUGCAGCCUGGCCAUGUGGGCCUGCGUGCCUGGAGCAGCCUGUCCGCAGAGCGACUAGGCCUCAGCUCUUCCUCAGGGCCCAGGCAGCCUGGCUGGCUGCAGGCCUGGGAACCCUGGUCCAGCCAGGAGGCCCCUUCGCCCUCUCCUCUCUCACCCAGCUCAAAGGUCCGGAGUUGGACUUCAGCAGCUCGCCGAUGGAGCAGUUGUGCUGACUCAGCGCACCACCUAAGCUGUCCCUCUCGGCCCUGGCCGGAGACGCUGUAGGGGCUAGCCCCACGGACUGAGCCGGGCAUUGAAACUCGUAGAUGUGUGUGGAGCGGGGCCUGGAGCAGCCCCAGCCUCCCGCAUGCACGUUCUUGUGGAGGGGAAGGCCAGCGAAACCCUGGGCGUUCUCUGCGAGCACACCCUGGGGCUGAUGGUAGGGAGGGGUUACGGGGGGACCUGGCCUGUGAGGAAGUGGCCAUGACAGGACUACAGGCCACCCAACGCUGUGGACCCUUCAGUCAUAGCCAAACAGUUAGCCUUUGGGCGGAGACAGCAGCAUCCCCUUGCUGGUCCCUGAGCUGCAGACAGUCCUCUUAACCGGCACAGUCGCUGUCCACAUGGGCUGUGUGGGCUUUUAGGGCAUGGAAAUCCCACAGGGCGUUCUCAGUCCCCAUUGCCAUGGACUCCUGCUACGGCUCAGUGCUCGGGGGGAGACACACAAACGUGCACGCUCCCCUGUCCGCCUCCCCUGGGUCGCUGGGCGCAAGCUGACGUGUACACCGGGAGUCACCACAGCUUCCAGAGUGCAGAGUCGAGCUCGUCGUCCGGCGGGCACUGGGCUCUGGCUUUCUUUGGCAAUUCUGGGGCAGGGACGAAUUAGAAACCACAGGGUCUGUUUUUUCCUGUGGGGCAGAGCUGUGUGGGCAGCCAGGCCUCAGGUGUUAGCCUCUUUUUCCCCCCGGCCAUCUUUGCAUCACACUGUUCCUCAUCUCCCCUCGGCGCAGGCCUGUAAUGUACUGUUGUGGGCUGGAGAUCGGACAUGCACCCAGAUGAUACUGUACAGAACCUGUCUGCCUGCUGUUAAUUAGGUGCACGUGCUCCUCCUAUCUACUCUGCGCAGCCUGACGGUGCACGUGGGUGGGCUGGCAGUGAGCUUUCUGCAGCCACCGGCUCCAAAUUCCUGCAGCAUUCCCAGAGUGAAGACACGAGGAGGCUGGAGCCGAUGUUGGUUAAUGGAUGAUGAUAAGCCGUGUGUUUUACUGCCUUCAUUCCAUGCCUGGCCUGGCCUGGCCUGGCCUGCGACUCUGCGCUCUCCUCUCCCAUCUGCAGUAAGGCCACUCUCGGCUCUCCAGCCUUGGGACUCCUCAUCUUAACGGCCUGCUCGUCCAUCUUCCCCAAACCCACCGUCUGGCCUCUGCAGAAAGCUGCAGCUGCCACAAGGACACAUCACCCCGAUCUUCAAACACCACCCUGACUCUCCUCAGGUUGGGAUCCAUCACAAAAUCACCAUCCUGGGGUUCACUAAAAAACACCCUCUUCGGCUGGCCCCAGACCUUCUCCUGGACCUUUCCUGUUAGUCUAGCACUGGCCUCCCUCGCUUUCCAACUCCCUUCAGAUGAACUCAAUACUUCUCUGCAACCCCAUCCAUCUGGAACAGCCUCCCGGGACAUUUCCACCACAUCAACUGGCCAGUUUUGGUCACAUCUCCUCUUUAAAUACAUCGUCUCUGGCUAGCCCUCCUAUUGUUCUCCCUUUCCAACUGGGUUCAAUUUAUUCACCAUGCAGUGUCUUCAGCCCCACUGCAUCUGUAAUGUAGCAUUUUACAGGGAACGGCUUGGUUUGCAGUGGGGGUGACAUGCACUUUGCUGAAUUCAAGUGAGAUUUGUCCUGUAUGUUUACAUCAGACCCCAAAGCACCGCUAGGGCUCUGAACGGCUUCCAACAGCUGCUCCUAGCUGGGAGAUGGUCCCUGGUAGGGAGCGUCUCUCCCGGCAGGGGUGGGGUAUCUGUGUGUACACCUCUCCCCCCCACACACUUGUACCCACCACUCUAAGGUUUACUGUGUAAAGAAUGGUAUUGCUCUGUUCAGACACCUCCCCCCAAGCCACUUCGGUAGCACCGAUUCACCAGGAAUUUUUGGAAAGAUCUGCCAGUCAUGUGGUAACAGGUAGGACCAAACUUUCCCAACUGUCGUGUUUUGUCCUGGAAACCCCCUGAGGCAAAAUCUUUUCCUGCUGUUCCCUGGCUGUCCCAUGUUUGAUGGGUUGGAAAUUGUCUUCGGCCCCAAGUAUCUUUGCACCUUUGGCAGGUGAACAAGGCCCAGGACCUGCCCAAAUUUCAGCUCUUUGUCCCGGUAGAUUGAACGAUUGGAAUUACUGUCAGUUUUGAGAGCUCUGUCGCCACCCCUGGGUGCAGCUGUGAGGAAUUAAAACAAUCGGAAAAGGACGGGACCUCAUUUGUGCUGAGCUGUUUUUAUCGCUGGUAGUGGAAGGUCCGUUUCCUGUCCCCAGUGACGCAUCGCACGCUCACCUAAAGGAGCCAGUCACACAUGGGGCCAGGCCAUGAAAACCAAGGCAGAGAAUGGGUCACUGCCCCACUGAGUUACAUUCUCCUCGUCAUUGGCUCCUCCCAGUCUGAACGUCCCAGCCCGAUUUACUGAUUGUGCAGUAUGUCCAAAACGGGCUGGACCCAGCUGCCUUUGAUGCCAGCUCAUCCGCACACCCGAACGCAGGCGUCCGCACGCAGCACACCCCAACGCAGGAAGGGCCUCCUGGAGGCUGACCAUAGAAAGUCCUGGCUUUGUGCCGCUCGGAGCUCUGCAAACCAGGGGCGCUUAGUCGGGCCCAGCCCUUUGCUCAGCAUGAUGUCCCUGUGCUGCUCGUCCGCUUCCCUUUGCUGAGACUUUAGCUUGGGGUUGUGAUAUGAGUCAUCUGGGCUAAGAUGUUCUCAGGAGCCAUAGUCUGCAUUGUGAUCAUCCCCAGGGUUGGAAGACGUUACGGUCUCCCCCGCCUCACCGUAUUGGACUUCCCCUUAUUCAAGAGCACGUCCGUCACCUUCCCUUUAGGCCGGGGGCCAGGGUGUUGGGUGUGUCUCUGGGCACGUUGGCAGUUUCCAGGUCCUGGCAGUCUGAGAACUUGAGUUGCAAGGUUUUGAUGGCCUCUGUUGACCCUUUCAGCACAUGGUCCCUCCAGUUGUGGUUGGUUUCUAAGCGUCUGUGUGUAAGAGUACCUCUCUCUAUAUGAAUGACCGGUGCUGGGUAAAGUAGCCAGGAGCUAGCCAUUGAAAUGUGGAGCUCCUUGAUAAGCUUUUGGGGCAGGCUGAGGCAUUUCCUCCCACUUGGAGUUCACAAAAACUAGGCUUGUAAAUAGUUUUUAUAUUUAUUUUGUGUUCUUUCUGCAGCUCAGUGUUCCGAGUGCCGGUGCGUGGCCGCAGAGGGCCAUUGCCUCGCAUUGGACUCAGCUCAAGGCAAGCACCAGGCCAGUGACCUGUGCUGGAGUGGGAUGAUUUUUUUUUAAUGAUGCAACAUUAAAAAGUCAAAGCAUUAAAUAUUUUUCUUCAUCUCGUCUUUUAAAGCUGGUCGUAGCUAGUCGGCAGGACCUGGCCGGCUGGGCUCUGGGCUCAGUAGGCCUUGGCACCAUAAGCAAUAAGAUUCUUAGUAAUAAGUUCAAGUCAGUAAAACUGAGUCUCCAGGGGCCGUGGAGGGGGUGGGGAAUCUUGCUGCAGAUUGGCUUGCCUUUGCAUGGGGACCUCAUAGCUUAGAAUCAUCAUUUAUGGUUCUGUGUGCACUGUCUCCUUAUGAGAGGGAAUCACGAACCUGAUGGCGGGGCUGGACCCGACACAGGCUGGGGGAGUCUGGGGAGGAAAGCUAGCAAUGGGCUUGUUUUCCAGUGGGCAUCUGACUGCAGAAAAGCCCCUGAUUAUUUUAGGAAUCCCCUAAAAUGGCCAGGACAGACCAAGCUACUUAUUAGCCUGUUGCAAUUUAGGACCUCUUAACUAACGUCCCCAUCUUGUGUCUGCUCUUCUGAUUGUGGAGAACGUAAUUCCACAGGCACAGAGGAGGUGACCUGCCCACCGGGUUCUUGUGUUGUGCUGAUGUUCUUAAGGCAUUUAGCCAGACUUCCUCUUGACCUGCCCAGGAUGGCUCCCAAAUGUCCCCUGGCUCUUUGCUAGUAGCUUUUGUUCUAGGGUUUUGUAUUUAUAAAUGUGUUUAGAAUUUUUUUCACUUUUUGUCCUUGAUGUACGUCUUGGUUCUAGCCCCCAGGCAGAGCAAACCUAGCCCCCAAGCUGUCUGCAGUGGCGCAUAGGAGUUAGGUUGGAUCGUCUCGUGCUUCUAUUCAUUUAACUUCUUCUGAUCUUUUAGACAGUGGAAUCUUAUGAAAGCUCCCAAACUUUUGUUUCCUGAGAUUGGUUUUCUUGGUCACAUAGGACUCUCCCCCGCGCCCCUCAAACUUCCUCCUUCGGGACAUUGUAGAAACCAGUAAUUUUCCCUUUUAAAGUGUUUGUCAACUUUGAAAUGGUAGUUCCUUUUUAAUAACAAAAAUGUUUUUCUGCAUCUACAUCUGCUACCCUUGUAGAACUUUGUAGUUUCCCCAUGACACUGAUAUGAGAAGCCCAGGACCAUACAAGUCCCCUGCCACUCCCUGUCUGGUACUGUAUGUAUGAGCCUAACCAAUGUGAACUUUAGAAAAGAGCUAUGAGAACUGCAGGCUGGUGACUGUCUAGGUUUGAGGAUCUGGCUUGGAUCUGCAUUUCCGUUCUGUUCUGGGUAUUAGGAAAUACUUCAGCAUGACUGGAGAAAAUGAAAUGUCUGCUGUGAAUUGCGGGUCGGAAGUGUUGAACAAGGUUUUCAUUUGCUAAUGUUUACAUACCUCACCUGAAGAACCUUGGAAAGUGUAUAUAACAAAAUAGAAUUAUAUUGAGUUGCUUUAAAACAAUACAUAGAGCUAUAAGAACUGGAGUGAUCUGAAUUGUGUCUCAAGUCUCUGAAUAGUGACAUUGUGAACUCUGUGUUCCUGUGUUUUAUUUCCUGUUCGACUCUGGGAGAAGUUGUGUUCUUGUUACUGGUUAAACUCCUUCAGGAUUCCCACCACCUUGUUUUCUUUUAUUCCUUAGACAUUGUUGAUAACGACCCAACGAGCUUUCUAAAGGUCCUUAUUUUAUUGCAGCUUAUUAAACUUCCCUUUGAUAUCGAA